UAAGGUGAAAAACAAGUAACGAACACCUCUCCUCCGCCGUCAGGCGGCUUCAGAUCUUCUUCAUUUACACCGAGCACUUCUCCGUGGAUUCACUGUUAGGGUUUUGAUCGUCUCUCUCGCUAAGGUUCAUGCAGUAUUCGGUCGAUUGGUUUCUUUUCUCUUCCUUCCCCGCCCGAACUCUGGAAUUCGGGUUGGAUGGUUAGGUAGAUCUCGGGAGGAGAUCGAGAAAUUAGGUUUACGGGACGAGGAGAGGAAAACAUGUUCUAUGGGACGAGCGUGUGGGAUCCGUGGCGCAUUGUGGCGCAGAUCGUCUGCCUUCAGUGCCUCUACUAUCUCACGCUUGGCUUCUUCAUGGUCCUCCUUGUUGGUACGCGGGUGUCGCGGAUGAGCCUCAUGUACUUAUUUGAUUUCUCCACGCUCGUCGCGUCCAGCGUCACCGGCUGGUGCGCCAUCGUUUCCUUCGUUCUCAGUUCUCUCGCUGGGGCAGUUUAUUUGCUUUAUUUGAUAGAAAGAGUGAAGAAGUGCUUGGAUUUCUCAGCUACCCUCUAUAUCAUCCAUCUCUUUAUUUGCAUCGUUUAUGGAGGUUGGCCGUCUUCGAUUACUUGGUGGGUUGUCAAUAUCCUUGGUUUGGCAUUGAUGUUUUUUCUUGGUGGAUGGUUGUGCAUGCGACGCGAGUCACGAGAAAUUCCCAUCACACGACUACGUUCAAGUUUGUUGGGGGCAGAUGUUUGACAAAGUUUAGAAGAUCGCGUAUGAGAAUCCAAAUACGUAUAUACCAGGUUUCUUCCAAUCAGACUAAUUGCUACUCCCCACAAGUGUCUGACGACUGGAUCUGUUUUCUCUCGCACUUCUGUUGUGUCGAUCAAUCAUGGAAGAAAGUGACCCAAAUAAGUGACGAGAAAAAUACAUUGAAGACUUUUGGAUUGAGAUAUUGUAGUUAACAUUCAACAAAGUAACAUCUGUUGAGGAAAUGUAUAUUGCACGUCAGUUCUCUCUGUAUUGACUGAAAUCAUUUUAAAUUUGAUUGAGACCGAUUCUGAAAGAUCUCAAGUAACUUAAGACAAACAAACUGUACAAAAUGAACAUCUAAUUUUUGGUAUUUACUAAAAUGGUGUAUUUGAUGUCUAAGAUACUCCUUCGUUCACUAGUCUUUAAAUUUUUUUAAACCUAAAUUGAAUUCGAAAAUCUCUUUUUCCUUCUCUUUGCCGGUAAACCAUGAACCUUCCCUGACCAUGUUAUUUUAGUUAAAAAUUGUAAUUUAAAGUAAGUUUUUGUUCACGAUGUCUAUAAAAAUGAUCUUACGAGGAUUUAAGAUUU